CCACUGUAUGCCGGCGGCCAUUGCAUUUUGGUCCUGCUUUUCCCCUAUGUCACGAUGGGAGGAGUAACGCACAAAGGACAUGCGCACAUUUGGUUGCACCUUUGAACAGGAAGAUGCACCCCCGGGCCAGCAUCCUUGGAACCUAUAUAAGAGUCUAGCAGGUCCAGGAUAUGCGUUGUAGUUUCGUUCUGCCGUCGGAGAGACAGUACCAGCAGUGAAACCAGCAAGGGAUUCGUUUUGUGGAAGCAUUACUUAAAUUCGAAGGAAGCAAAAGUUGGUGUAACUUAAAGUGUGUCGAGUUUCGAAGGAUGGAUAAAAUUUGUCGCUCUCAGUUACCGGAUUCUUCCUCAUCACCACCAUUGAGUGGCAUCGGAUUUCACAGCUUCGAUGAUGAACUCAUGGCAGAUCUACCAUCGUGCGUAUAUGCACAGCACCAUCAGCUAAACACGGCGCCUGGAAAUGGAAAUGGUGCAGGCAGUAGCAACAAUGUUGGACACAGCAGCCACACCAAUAAUGCACCCAACUUGCGGUUGAACCCCAACAGCAUACGGCAGAUGCAGCAUCAGUACUUGCAUCACACAGACUGUCUGGACUCAUCGACACCGCCCAGUCCGUCCCUGUCGACGACGAUGGGGAACCAUCCGUACAAUCCACCACCGUACAAAAUACAACGUCAGCAAACAAAUGUUCGUGAGCGCAAACGAAUGAUGCGUUCAGCACCGAAUGGCAUUAAUUCGGCGUUCGAUGAGCUGCGUGUUCACGUGCCAACGUUUCCGUACGAGAAACGGCUCAGCAAAAUCGAUACGCUGCGGCUAGCGAUCGCCUACAUUGCGUUACUGCGUGAAGUCCUCGAGGCGGAUUACGACCCCCUGACGUACGUGGAAAAGUGUCUCCGGGGUGAAAUUAAAGCGGAUCGAGCCCACUGGAACACGAGUGAUUUAACGGCACGACUGUCGUGGAUCAACUGGGAAAAUCUUGGCGUUCAUCCGGGUCGACGUACAAUCCUAACAUCACUGGCACUUGGCUCAUCGGAAAGUCUUGCUUGUGGACCACCGCCCCAUUUGAUCUAGAUUGUUGUUGGUUCCCAGCAGAAAUUUUAUGGUCCAGUUUAAUGUCUUCCGUUUUAUUUCAUAAUCGUCGUACCGAAAGUACAGGGGCAAAAUAUUGUAUUGUCUUUUGUGACUCCGAAUCUCUAUUUAUUCGCAUUAGAAGCAUACUCAUGUACUAAAUAUAUUGUCUAGUUCUUUAUCGUGGCAAGAUGUCCACUAGGGUUGGUUGGCAAAUGUCACACGAAAAUAAAACUACUAAAACAAAA